CCAAGGGAUUUCAGAGAUGUGGAAGGAAAUCUCACGUUUGACGCCUGCCAAUAUUCAGGAGACGGCGCCGCCUUUUUCGCUUCACUGAAGAAAGAGAGUCGAUGCGGGCCGACUUAUGAGACAACUGCUGAUCAGCACGAUGUCUCGCCCCCUUAACUGCUCACGGGACCUACAAGGUUCGAGAUCUUUCAUCUUCCCACAAAACUCUCGCUCCUCACCAUGAUCGCCACUGGCACAUUCCUCCAAGUUCUGACUCGGAUUCAACAACAAUGAGCAAGUGUCAAGAUAUCAUCCUCUCCGCCGAGAAUCUCAUGGCGGCCGGAGGUUCUGAAAUAUUUCCAGCGGCCCCUGAAGUGUUCAGGAGAAAUGCCCUGAAAGCAAAGAGCGUAAAGGAACCUACCUUGUGUUUCCACAACAAUCUCUUGCGAUCUAGAUGCCAUAAAGACCCAUUCAAUCCCAUCCCGAGAUGAGAAGUUGAAGUUAGGUAUAGAGGUAGGCAGAUAGCUACCGACAUCUUGAUCUCAUCAAGUCUCAACUUAACUUCUAACACCUGUCCACGAUACUAAUAACUCAGUCCUCAUUGAGACUUCAUCAAGAUGUUUUUCUACCUCCUUGCCUUUGUGACGACCGCCUUUUCGGUACUGGAAAUCGUCAAAUCAGGCAACUCGUCACCGCAAUCCAAGCCGGAUCACCAGAACGAAUUCACGACUACCUCUACUUGGAAACUCGAAUGCUCGCCUUUUUCGGUUCCUGGGCGUGCUCGGAACACCGCCCUGUGGUGUACAUCGCAGCGCUUUAAUUGUGAUGUGGAUGGAGAAACGAGAUACAAGUACGCUCGGGGUCACGAAUUUGAUGAACGGUGCGUCAGCAUGUGUCAAUGCAGAAGGAAUGUUGUCCCCGGUGCGCCGUAUUUAGAAAGACUACACUUGGGGGGGAAGGGGUAG